AUGUCUUCCGAUAACGUCGCUUUCGUCGACCUCACGUCCUCACCCUGCUCUUUUUCUCGCUCUGCCGCGCGCCGCGGCUCAGCCGUUGUGUCGACUGUCAAGCUGGCCAAUCCUUCGCUGGACCUUGCCGAUGAGCGGGCUUCGCUGAGCGCGUUGCAACAAGCCGUCGACCAGACUGAGGCACUGCGCGAGCUUCGCUCGAAUCAUGAGGCUCUGCGUCGCGAAUUUCUGGCUUCGCGUCGUCGUGUGGAAGAUCUAGAUCGUCAGCUUGCCGAUGCGGCCAACGCUGCGUCUCCGUAUGUACUCUUCUUUGGAAUCUACCCAGACGAAGCUCGCUGA